AAGCUAACGCAAAAAUGGCACCAUCACCUGAGAAAUCUCCUUCUGAAGAAUCCCCACCUGCUCCAUCAGGAUCAAAUUCGUCACAAGAUACCUCUUAUUCUCCAUCAAAAAACUCACCACCGCCUUCACAAUCAUCGCCACCUCCUCCCAAAAAGUCAUCUCAAAACAAAAAAGAUAAUAAUCAUUCCUCUCCUCCUCCUCCAAAGCAUAAAAGUAGCAACAAACAUUCCCCUCCCCGAUCUUCUAAUUCCCACAAAACUAAUGGUAACAAUCAAAUUGGUUCUUCCGGAAAAACACCAUAUUCUGACUCAUCUGGCAACGACAUAGAUACAAUAAUUUUUAUAGGAGCAGGUUUGGCAGUAGGAUUGGUGCUCCUUUUUAUCAUCUGUUGUAUAGUAUGUUGCUGUCGGAAGAGAAAGAGGAAAUCCCCUCAAGUGAUGAACUAUGAUGAGCAUAAAGCUGGUGGUAAAGAGUAUUAUAACAGCUAUCAGACUUCGCCUUGGGUUACUAAUGGGAAAGUACCGGGUCAUGGUGUGCCUGUACCACCACCAUCAGGAGGUGGUAGCGGCGGUGUCAUCAGCGGCUCGGGUUCACAAGUACCGCUGCGAACACCGAUUUAUAGCGGUGAAGCGAGCUCGCAGUUCUCAGGCCCACACCAUCCUCCUCCUUUUCCACCCCCAUCACCAAAUAUCACACUUGGACUCAAUAAGAGCACUUUCACUUAUGAGGAGCUGAUUGCUGCUACAAAUGGGUUUUCUCAGGCCAAUCUGAUUGGUCAGGGUGGGUUCGGAUAUGUGUACAAGGGCGUCUUACCUAAUGGAAAGGAGGUUGCAAUUAAGAGUUUAAAAACAGGUAGUGGACAAGGAGAGAGAGAAUUCCAAGCUGAAGUUGAAAUAAUUAGCCGUGUUCACCAUCGCCAUCUUGUGUCAUUAGUUGGAUAUUGCAUUGCCGGCGGGCAGCGGAUGUUGGUGUAUGAAUUUGUUCCCAAUAAAACCUUGGAAUAUCAUCUCCAUGGAAAGGAUCGUCUUGUCUUGGAUUUUCCCACUAGACUUCGGAUUGCGUUAGGCUCAGCUAUAGGGCUUGCUUAUCUGCAUGAAGAUUGCAAUCCACGCAUUAUUCAUCGUGAUAUCAAAGCGGCUAAUAUUCUGCUUGAUAACAACUUUGAGGCCAUGGUUGCUGAUUUUGGAUUGGCUAAGUUGUCAUCUGAUAACUACACUCAUGUCUCGACACGGGUUAUGGGAACAUUUGGGUACAUGGCUCCGGAGUAUGCCUCAAGCGGCAAGUUAACAGAUAGAUCCGAUGUUUUCUCAUUUGGCGUCAUGCUUUUAGAACUCAUAACUGGAAAGCAACCAAUUGACGUUACAAUGGACGACAGCUUAGUAGAUUGGGCUCGACCACUUUUGUCUCGCGCACUGGAAGAUGGCAACUUUAAUGAGCUGGUUGAUCCGCGCCUGGAGAUGAAAUACAGCCAUAACGAAAUGCAACGCAUGAUAGCCUGCGCUGCUGCAAGCAUCCGACAUUCCGCAAGAAAGCGCCCCAAAAUGAGCCAGAUAGUGCGUAUCCUGGAAGGAGAUUCUUCCCUGGAUGACCUGAACGAUGGAACAAAGCCAGGCCAAAGCACAAUUUUCGGAGCCAGUGGAGAGUACAGCAGCAGUGCAUACAAUGCUGACAUGCAGAGGUUCAGACAAUUGGCCCUUGGGAGCCAAGAAUUCUCGAGCAGCGAAUACGGAACUUCUAGUGGCGAGAACUCGAGAGAGGUGAGACCUGGAGACAAGCGAACGUGACC